GCCCCCCAGUGCCUAGGCUUCCAGAAGUUUCCCACAAAGUUAAUGUGAAAUGUGUCGAGACACAGUCUACGUUUGUCUUGUCUAAGUUCAGAACUCAGGUCUGAAAAAACUGACUUGGCCACCUGGGACAUAUAAAGCAAGAUCUGAAGUAAUGGCUGAAGAAAUACAACUUAGAGAAAAGAAGCAGAAAACUCUACCUCGGUCUGAUGGGUGUGGUCUGAAUAACUUUGAUGGUCUGGAUUUGUCUGGAGGUUUGAGGAUAGUCUUAGUGGGAAAGACUGGAUCAGGGAAGAGUGCAACAGGAAACACUAUCCUUGGAAGAAUUGCCUUCAAAGAGGAUCCCAGCCCUGUGUCUGUGACCAAACACUGUGAGAUGCAGAAUGGGGAAGUGGAUGGGACCUUGGUGCAGGUUAUUGACACUCCGGGUCUGUUUGAUACAGGCAUCUCAGAGGAAGAAUUAAAAGUCAGAAUAGAGGAGUGUGUCAAAAUGUCAGUUCCUGGCCCUCAUGCUUUCCUACUGGUAAUCCGGCUUGGAGUAAGGUUCACGGAAGAGGAAAGAAAUGCUGUUAAGUGGAUCCAAGAUAACUUUGGAGACGAUGCUUCCAUGUACACAAUCAUGCUGUUUACGUGUAAAGAUCAAGCUAAAGCUGACAAUGCUCUGAAGGAGUGCAAGGAGCUGCGGAGACUCUCGAUCACAUUUGGACGCAGAUAUCAUGCUUUCAACAACACUGACGUGGAUGACCGCGUACAGGUAAAAGAGCUGAUCAACAUGAUCAAGGAAAUGGUACAGGAUAACGGCGGUAAGCACUACACAAAUGAAAUGUAUGAGAAAGCCCAGAGGAAGCUGAGAGAGGAGGAGGAGCGGAGGAAGCAAGAGGAGGAACAGAAGAAAGAGGAGGAAAGGAAAAUAUGGGAUGCAGAGAGACAGAAGCAGGAGGAAAAGAAAAUCAGGAAGAAAAAGGUUCAAAGAAAGAAUAUACGCGUGGCCGCAGCUUCUGCUGUUGUCUUGGUGUUUGCUGGGGUGGUCAUUGCAGUGGGAGCUAAUACCACAGUGGCCCUGGCUCUAGGCGCCCCUGCACUUGUCCUGGGAAUUUUAUGCGGUUUAUCUGCCAUUUUCAUUUGGAAAGGCAUAAAAUGCAAGGCUAAAGCAAACGUGCCUGUAUAACAAGAUGGAGGGUAGUGGCAAGGAUAUUGUUCGGCUACAGUUUGUGUCACUGAAUAAAAAACAGAAAUAUUCCAUAUACAGUAUUAUAUCCCACACAUUAUGGUUUGGAACUAUACGUAAGUGACUUGUUUAGGUUC